AUUAGAUGGCCGGCUGCAAGUCUCUCACCGGAAGGGUCUUCCCCAUGUGAUCUACUGCCGGCUGUGGCGGUGGCCGGACCUUCAUAGCCACCAUGAGCUGCGUGCCAUGGAGAUGUGCGAGUAUGCCUUCAACAUGAAGAAGGAUGAAGUCUGUGUGAAUCCUUACCAUUACCAAAGAGUGGAAACCCCAGUGUUACCUCCAGUGCUGGUGCCUCGGCACACAGAGAUCCCAGCUGAGUUCCCGCCGUUAGACGAUUAUAGUCAUUCUAUUCCAGAGAACACUAACUUCCCAGCAGGUAUCGAGCCACAGAGCAACUACAUUCCAGAGACACCUCCUCCAGGCUAUUUGAGUGAGGAUGGAGAAACUAGUGACCACCAGAUGAACCCCAGCAUGGAUGCAGGUUCUCCAAACUUAUCACCAAACCCUAUGUCUCCAGCACACAAUAAUCUGGAUCUGCAGCCUGUUACCUACUGCGAGCCAGCUUUCUGGUGCUCGAUAUCCUACUAUGAACUCAACCAGCGAGUGGGAGAGACUUUCCAUGCCUCUCAACCCUCUAUGACCGUGGAUGGUUUCACUGACCCAUCUAAUUCUGAACGCUUCUGCCUUGGUUUGCUGUCUAAUGUGAACAGAAAUGCAGCAGUGGAACUCACAAGACGACACAUUGGAAGAGGAGUAAGACUCUACUACAUUGGCGGUGAGGUGUUUGCCGAGUGCCUUAGUGACAGUGCCAUUUUUGUCCAGUCUCCCAACUGCAACCAGCGCUACGGCUGGCACCCAGCAACAGUGUGCAAGAUUCCACCAGGAUGUAACCUGAAGAUUUUUAACAACCAGGAAUUCGCCGCUCUCUUGGCUCAGUCUGUAAAUCAGGGCUUUGAAGCCGUGUACCAGCUGACCAGAAUGUGCACAAUUCGAAUGAGCUUUGUCAAGGGAUGGGGAGCAGAAUACAGGCGGCAGACUGUGACCAGUACUCCCUGCUGGAUUGAACUGCAUCUUAAUGGUCCUUUGCAGUGGCUAGACAAGGUCCUUACACAAAUGGGCUCCCCAAGUAUUCGUUGUUCCAGUGUCUCUUAAGGAAACAUCUCCUGGGGGUGGGUGGGGGGAACAAAGCCUCUGGAAAAUGGAAUUGGCUUAACCCUUAGCAAAAUGCGGAGUGCAUAGUAAACAAAUUCCCAGUUAUUGAAGUGAAAAAAAAAAAAAAAAAAAAAAAAAAAAAAAAAAAAGGUGGGUUUUCUUUGUUUUGUUUUAAAUUAAAUACCCAUUUAAGCCACUUCCACUGAAACUGUUAGCACUUUGGUUACAAUGCUAUGGGCCAUUGCAGUUAGAAUUUGAAGCUGAAGUUUAUCACAAUAGAAAACUGGACUUUGUUUCAGCGGAGAGAAGCCAAUGCUCUGCCUCCAGCCGUGUCAUGCCUGUCUGGCCACUCGCUCCACGCUGUUGUGAGCACUCAGGAGCCACUGACGGCUCGGAGGAAACUUUCCAUUUGCCUCACACAGCUCCAGGCGCGUGGCCUGCAGCAUCUCUGGAAAGCCAGACACCGUGGGACCUUGGGGUGACUCUUGCUCAUAGAUUCUUGUCACCAUCUACCUGAUCCACAGCUGUGCUCCCUGCAACUGCAGCAGCAGGGGGGAGAAGGAAGCAUUUAAAGCACACACAAGAACUGAUUCCCCCAGUAAUGUUCCCAAAAGGAACUAAUUUCCCACACUGGACUACUAUAAGGAGGCAGAGUCUUGCUUCAUGCCUGAGGGAUGCAGCUGAUAACUCUGAUGGUCUCAGACUGGAUUGACAUGAAGCAAAAGGCCAAACUUAAGACUCCUUCUGAUGUUGCUGCAUUAACUUUUGACUUGAGCUGCUCACAGACAGACAUUUGUCAUGUGGGGAGAUGGAUAAGUCAAAGCCUUCGUUAUUGUGCAGUCUAUUUGCAUUAACUACAGAAAGUUUGUAUUCUAUUUUCUCAGUAUGUUGAACGGUAUCUGCCACUUCUGAAGUUUUAGGGGCUUAGUGAAUUCAGUGUCCAGGUCUGCUCUAGUGAUGGAAGUGAACAGCCCCUUGCUGCCAUUUUCAGAAUGUGCAAUUUAAUAGCUUAUCCCAUGCUGUCACAUGUGACUGCACACAAACCAGGGCAUCUCAGACACAAACUCCCUCUUGUUUAAAACUUAUUUCAGCUGAUUAAAAUGCUCUGAGAUGUGUUUUUGCCUGGAGAAAUUGGGAGAGUGUGUAUUUACUUGUAUUAUAAAAUGUUCAUUUUAAACAUACAUGCUCCAGACUGUUUAAUAUUUUUUUUCCCUGCAGCAACUGUCAUGGCAGACAACUUCCACAACUGGAAAAAACCCCUAGCACUUGUUUUUAUGGUUCAAAUUUGCCAAAUAAGUCUCAUAACUUUGUCAGUGCUAUCCAAUUAUCUGUUUCUUUAUAUCUGCAUUGAAUAUCAUAUGCAUUUGUGCCAAAAUAUUAGAAUGGGAGGGGAGAAAGCGAUAAUCAGUUUCCUAUGGAAAUUUUUUUUUUUUCAUCUACAAAAGACAAACACAGAAGCUAGAUCUGGCUCUGGGAAGAACAGACUUGGAUGGACUUUACAGUGGUUUGUGUUAAGGCUUUAGUCCUGCAAACUUUUGUGCUCCCAGAUGCAAAUGUGAGCAGCCCUGCUGCGUGCAGUGGAAGUUUUCCUGCAGCUUCAGAGUGCCCUGGGCCCAUAAAGGGCUACUGACUUGUAAAAGCAUUUCAGACCCCAUCAGGAAUUUCCAUGUACCUGCCUAUCUGUAGAGAGAGGCUUUUCCGAUGUGCUUGUUCCUUUGAGACCACUCUGUUUAUCACCCCCCACCACCUGAUUUGCACAAAACCCAUCACUGUUGGACCAGAGGCGUUGGCAGGACAGGGUAUGAGGAGCCCCUUGGUCGGUGGACACGGGACGGACGAUCCAAGAGGCUCAGUGCUGGUGUCUGUUUCACCAGGCAAAUGAAGGGAUGCUUUAGACCAGAAACAAGAAAUGACAUUUUUGUAUAUGAAAUUUAAAUUCAGAGUGGUGGGUGUGCUCCUGAAUGAUGCAGGCACUUUUGAAUGUCCUCUUGCAGAAUUUUGACUGGAGCUUUCACUGUGCAAACACAUCUUGUAUCAUAGCGCUGGAGGUUUUCUAGGAUUUUUUUCUUUUUCCCCAGUUUUUGCAAUGUGUCUGAUUUUUAGUUAAAUCUCCGAUUGCACAGAUUUGUGCAAUAAGAGCAUCUGUAUAAAAUAGUAUUUUCUAGCCACUUAAAAAGUAGGUCUGUCAUUGUGGAUUGAUGUGGCAUAUACUUUCAGGUACAGGUUUCUAAUGUAGCUGCAAACAAAAAUUUAUCCUGGCUUUUGUGGAAGUAUUUGACUUGUUGUUUUAGUGAGAGAGGGGAAAAAAAAAGUCUGCUAUGUAAAAUGCCCCAGGUUUCCUCCCUGAGUGUCUUGAAGUCAUAUUUGCUUAUUUUAGUGAACAAACUGUUUUCAUUGUCUGCAUAAUCAUGGAGGAAAUUGGGCUCUGUGGUGCCUUGUGAAUUAGCAACAAAAAUGACAUCUUAAAUUCCAGUGUCAGAGAGUUUAUUGUGCGUGAUGGUGUGUGCAGGAACCCAGCCUGACCCAGGGUUGCAAGCUGGAAUAAACCCAAACUUUAAUAUGAGGUUUGCACACAGAAUUGCCUCCUCAGCCAAACUCAGAAUUGGACCUGGAUUUCCACUAGGAACCAGAUUUCUGUCUUCUGCUUGAUAAAGCAUAAUGAGUUGCUAACUUAUUAAUAGAUGCCUUUUGUAAAACAGAACUUAGAUAACGCAUAAAAGUUUUGGUUGAUCUCAACUCAUCAUCCCUUAAGUAAAAUGACUUCAAAUGGAAAAUGUAAGCUGGCCUAGCAGUACAGUUAGAUAAAAUUUGAGAAGAUUAUCUCCACUAAAGUAUUAAUUUCCUCUCCUUCCCUUUGUUUGCCUUCUCACUAAUUCAUAAACGCUUUAUGGUUUUUAAAGUUACCUUAUAAAGUCAAAUGGAAAGUCUCCUGUACCAUGCCACAAAUGAAAAGAGAAAGGUCGGGGAAGGGGUGUGAUCCAGGGGACGUUACUGCCGAGUUCCCUCUUACGCUGCGCAGUUGAAGUGGGUUGUACAGAUGAAAGCAAGUUCCCCCCGCGGAUCUGAAACGUGCCUACUCGUGCUGCUCGUGUGGACGCUAAUGAGAGGGAGGAGGUGGCGUUCAGCUGUAGAACGUGGCAGGCAGUGCUGCCCCAGAGGUACACGUGGCUGCUUCUCGGUUUUACUUUCUUCUAAAACUUUAUUAAAGUAGCUUUGAUAUGUAGCACAAAUGUAUGCAAUCAGCCAUGCCCUAGCUUAGAUUACAUACUUGUACUGGAAUAGCUUCUCAUGUAAUGGUAGUCUUGGGUAGUUUUACCAGGAUUUCAUACAUUUUUGUUACUAGUAGAGAGUCACUAGCAGGAACUUUGACUCUUUUUAAUUGGUGUAGCCAUACACAAGGGCCUGGCUGCUGGCAGAUAAUGUUGAUGGCCUUGUGGUUUUAACUGACUGUGGUGAUUUUUUUUAAUUAUUAUUAAUGUAUUGAACUGAAUUGCAGUUUGUAUUUUGUGUUAAGCUUGUCUUAGAAGUAAUCCAGUGCUGUCUGUUUGAUCUAAUUGCCAGGAAUCAGCAUGCAUAUGCACAAAGAUGGAGAAAUCUAAUCAUAACAAAUUUCCCCAGAGCUCUGGCUACCCAUAUAUAUGCCAUGAAAAGGCUGGGGGUAACCUUUGAGAAAGAGUUAAAAAAAGUAGUUUUGCUCCCCUUAAGGAUCAGUGUAGUUUGAGCCAUGCAGAGGGCUCCUUUGCAGGGUGAAGAACAUUCAGGACUCCAUCUCAAGCAGCAAGUACUGACAUCCGUGCCUUGUGCUGCUCACUAGGGGGAAGAGCACAAGGAGCACGAAGAACACGGCUCAGUGAAGGACUUCAGCCAUAUCACAAAACAUCCGUGAGCUUUCCUAGUUCUCCAAGGUACUGGAUAGGUAGGAGGAAUGGAAUUUCACAAAUAAGCUGGUAAGCUAGAAUGAGAAAUAAUUAGUCACUAUAUAGUAGUUGAUUGAGUGGUAUGGUUAAGAAAUUCAGUAUAUGUUUUUCAUUAUGUACAUGCUUUUGUAUUUAUGUUGUCUUUCUUGAAUAUUCAGAUGACUCAAGUAUUUAAUUUUUAACAGAAAGGGCAAUUAAGGACUCAGUAUCAAAUCUUUUGAAUGUUCCUUUCUGAUGAUUGCUAGAAAUUAGGCAGUUACUGAUGUGAGAACAAGAAAUUCACCUCAGAACUGAGCAACAACCCCUGGCGAGUAAAACAGAACCGGGGCUUCUCCAGCAGGAGCUUUUUGCCUGAGUCGCUGGUUUAUCUUUUAGCAACGAGUCAGGUUCUCAGAUGGGCCCUUGAAUUGUGCUCUUCAGAUUUAGGAGGCUUUAAAAAGAAAAGAAAGUCUUAUUCCAUAAACAUUUUGGUUCAUCUUACGUUCCCUCCAGUACAUGGGUACUGGAGGAGUCUGCGCCAGUCUCUGCUGCUGAGAUGCAUCUAUUCCCUCUCCCCAUGGCAGCCUGCUUCCUCGCUCUCCACCGACCUGCUCCCCCUCGGAUAUGUACGAGCAUGUUUGCAUUAGUGUGUAGAUCUUCCUAACCUGAGAUUGUAUGUUAAUGACCGGUGAUGUCACCCACCCGCUUUAGCUGUUAAGCAUUAUUCACCUAUUUUGUUACUAAAGGCCUGUACUAUGUAUGCCCUCUUAUUUCAUAUGUGAAACUGUAAGUUCUAUUUUUGACAUUUUAAUAAACUUUGAUUUGAAAACCGA